GCUCGGCUCGGCUCGGCUCUGGCCGCUGCCCGCGGAACCGGCUUUUCAGGCCAGCGGCGCGAGCUUUGGCGAUGGCGUGGCGAGGUCCGGGCGCGCCGGGGAGAGGGCGCUGAAGUGGGCGGGCGGCCGGGCGGCUCGUCGGCUGCCCCAAAAGCGCCGCGGCGGCGAGCGCGCCCGGCAGGCAGGCGAUGGACGUGGAGGUGGCCGCCAGCCGCGCCGAGGCGGCCCCGCAGAAGGGCCAGCCGAGCGGCUUCCAGCUCUACCGGAGGCGCUGGCUGGUGCUGGCCGCCGCCUGCCUGCUCAACUGCUCCAACGCCAUGCUCUGGCUGACAUUUGCUCCAGUGGCUGAUAAAACAGCCGAACACUUCCGCAUUUCUCUGGAUACUGUCAACUGGCUGUCUCUCGUGUACCUGGUGAUAUCAGUUCCAUUUGGACUGGUGGCCAUAUGGAUGCUGGAUACCAUCGGACUUAAGUGUGUUGUGAUACUCUGCGCCUGGCUGAACAUGGUGGGAAGCAUUGUCCGAGCAUUCAGUGCCAUUGACGUCCUGAGCCUUGGUUCUCUCAAUGUUGUCUACCUGCUCGUAGGACAGUGCCUCUGUGCUAUGGCCCAGCCACUCAUUGUGUUUGCGCCAACGAAACUGGCAGCUUUGUGGUUCCCCGAUCACCAGAGAGCCACCGCCAAUAUGAUUGGCUCGAUGUCCAAUCCAUUGGGCCUUCUUAUAAGUAACCUACUGUCUCCUGCUCUUGUGCACGAAGAAAAAGAAAUCCCCUUAAUGCUCGGAGUGUACGUAGGGCCCGCUGUCUUGGCCUGCGUUUUAGCAACGGUAGGGAUUCGCAAGAAGGAGCCUCCAACACCCCCAUCAGCCAGUGCCAGUCAGUCUAAUUCGCAGUCAGUCUUCGCAGGCUUGAAGAUGCUCCUUCAAAAUAAGUCUUACCUCGUCCUGGCAGUCUGCGUUGGCGGAGGCGUGGCGCUCUUCACCUGUUACACCGCUCUGCUAGAACAGAUCCUCUGCGUAAUGGGAUAUUCAGAUUUCUUUGCAGGCUUGUGCGUUGCCUUGUUCACUGUUUGUGGAUUAAUUGGUGCCUUCUUUCUUGGGCUCUACGUGGAUAGGACAAAGAAAUUUAUAGAAUCUACCAAGAUUGGCUUUUGUUUAACUGCACUGGCUAGCAUUGCAUUCGCAGUGGUAUCUCGUUUGCGGAACCAGGCCUACCUGUUGGCAGCAAUCAGCUCAGUCUUUGGGUUCUUUGGAUUUGCGAUUUAUCCUGUGGCGAUGGAACUUGCGGUGGAAUGUUCUUACCCGGUGGGAGAAGGAACAUCAUCUGGGCUGAUUUUUGUGGCUAGCCAGAUCCUAGGAGUUAUCUUCAUGGUCUUACUCCAAAGCCUGGCUGUGGAGAUGAAAAGUGCUCCGUUCUCUACUUGCACAGUAUCCCAAGGAAGAGCCCUGGAUUGGUCAACUCCAUCACUGGUGCUAGCAGGACUCUGCAGCCUGACAGCCUGUUUCUACGUGGUUGCUUUUCACACUAGCUACAGGAGGAUCUACGCAGAGACUUCAAACGCUUGCUCGGCCAGCGAAGCAGACAACUACAUAACAGAAGCAGUACAAAAAGGAAAAGACACCGACUGAACUCCAGACUAAACCAAAGGCCUAAAAACAGCGGACUCUUCCUAGACUUUCAAGUGCCAUAACAAGCAUAAAAUAGCACAGUAAAUUGUAUUUUGAUGGUAACCAA